AUGUCGCAAGUCGCCCUCCGUCAGCUGGUCUUCUCUGACACAUUCCCUCCCUUUCUCUACUCUCUCCGUUCCUUCGCCACCAGCUACACCGCCCGCGUGGUCCGCGCAGACUCCUCCGGCCGUCAAAUCAUAGUCGAACUCGACCCCUCUAACCUCUCCUUAGACUCUCAUGGCUACCCCAUUCCCCGUCGAGACCUCAUCUGCCACAUCUGCAACCUUCUCCGUACCGCUCCCUCGCCCUCCACCGAUCCCCUUCUCGACGUCGCCGACUAUCUCCAAACCUUAACCUUAACCCUAAACCCCUCCGAAGUCAGCGAGAUUCUCAAAUCCCUCCGGCCCCUUCGAAAGGCCCUCGAGUUCUUCCGCUUCGUUAAGACGCUCCCUGGAUACCGCCAUGAUUGUUUCGCCUACAACCGUAUCCUUGCCAUUCUCGCCCGUUCGAGUGCUGAACAAGAUAUAAUUGGUGGGAUUGUGGAUGAAAUGGUGAAGGAGGGGGUUAAGGGGAAUAUAUCGACGGUGAAUAUCUUGAUCGGGGCUAUGGGGGGAACGGAAUAUGAUAGGUGUUUGGAACUUGCCAAGCAGUGGGAUUUGAGGUUCAAUGGAUACACAUAUAAGUGUUUGAUGCAAGCUUAUUUGAGGCAUCGGGAUGUGGAGCGGGCAUUUAGGGUUUAUGAGGAGAUGGGCAGGAGAGGCUAUAAGUUGGAUAUAUUUGCUUAUAAUAUGCUCUUGGAUGCACUGGCGAAAGCUGACAAG